UUAAUACAUAUUGUAGUACAUACAUCAUGUACAUGUAAAUAAACAUAUUUGUUGAAUUUUUGUUAUAACAAUAUGAAAUGACACCAAAUCAUGAAAUAUUUCCAACUGUCGUGAAAUGGUGGAUGGAUGAGUUACAAACAAGAAAACAAUAUUUACUAAAUGCUUUUUUUUUUAAUCUUUAUGACCUUUCGGAAAUAAAUGUAAAGUAUAAUUUCACACAUUUCUAAGUUGUGAAACGAUAGGAUUUCCAAUUUACGUUCAAAUACAGGAAGAAUUAUAUAUAAGUUUAUUUUUUAUCUUAAGGAUGUUAUAACGUUAUCACACGAUAUUCGAACACUGUUUGGUACAUUUUAAUCUAUACACGAAGUCGGGAACCAUAUUUUCAAGAUCUCUAACAACAACUUGGAAAGAUGGAAAUAAAAACCUUGUUAAUCCUGAUACUUAUUUUGUUUGUGUAUUCUCUGAUUGGUGGAGCUAUAAUGAUGGCGCUAGAACAGACAAAUGAGGAGACAGCUUCAACAGAUAUAACAACUACAUUGUCAACAUUUUUAACUGAUCACUCCUCUUGCAUGACGAGCAGUGAAUUGUCAACUUUAUUAACGGAAGUGAAAGAUGCAUAUGAUAGUGGUGUUAUGUCAGUUAACGGAAACACUAGUGCUGCCACCCAGUGGGAUUUCGGGAAUUCAAUUUUCUUUGUGGUUACAGCGAUAACUACAAUUGGGUAUGGAAAUCAAACUCCUGCAACAAAAGGUGGACAAGCUUUCAUUGUAAUUUUUGCUUUGAUCGGAAUUCCAGCUACUGGGUUGAUGAUUGCAGGCCUUGCAGAAAAAAUAAAGAACCUCAAUAGUUAUUUUACAAAUAAGACAAUACCAUGCCUGAAUAAAUAUACCAAAACGGAAAAAGGUUUCAAAUAUUUUUUGUUAUAUUUUACAACAAUAUGUCUGUUAAUUUUGAUACCAUCAGCUAUACUAUCCGCAAUAGAAGACUGGGCAUACGGAGAAGCCAUUUAUUAUACUUUGAUUACCUUCACAACGAUUGGUUUCGGAGAUUUUGUUGUUGGGAAUACAACUGAAGGUGGUACAAAAAUUGUUUACAAACUUUUAGUUAUUAUUUGGAUAUUUACCGGUCUUGCAUGGCUUGGAGCUCUCAUCGGUGAAUGUACAGAAACAGCUAAGGCUUUCACUGAGAAAAAAGAAAAGAAGCAGGUGAAAGUUGGAAGUAACGUCGAUGAUACAUAUGAAGAUGUUAAUACAAAGGUAAAGAGCCUCAAUACAAAACAAUGAAGAUGUUAAUACAAAUACUGGUGAUCUUGCAAAAGUGGCGUAGAUUUUCAUAUGAAUUGUAUGAAAUGGAUCAAAACGUACAUUUAGAAUGUCCAUGAGACUUUCGGUUGGUGUAAACAUACGUAAUGAUAUAGAUACUCUCAACAAAUGUGAAUCAUUGAAAACCUCUUUAAGGAGACUGUCUGAAGAAACGAUAAUUAUAAUUUGAAUUAACUUAUAUUGCCAUAAUGACAAUAAGAAGAUGUAUACCACAGUGAAAGGAGAGACCUGAAAGAAUCACAUGAAGUCCAAAAGGAGGGACACCGGGAGGGUCCUCGGAUUGAGAGCCUGUUGUUACACACGCAUCGCCAACUGUGCAAAUUCCCACAGAGAAAUUCUUUACAACCGAUAACAAUAUAUAAUUUGGGCAAUGCAUCUUCAAAUCAUUAAAGUUGUAUUCAAUGAUGUGUGUGCAUAUGAGGUCGUUGUUCAACUCUGAAAAUAGCAGUUCAGAAAUAUAAAGGCCAACAUAUGUAUAAAGUAAAAUCACCAAAAUACUGAAAUCC